CGCGAACGGAGAACCAGUCCCUUUCCUUGUCGAGCCUCUUGUGAAUUUCCAGGUUUAUAUGGCGAUUGAUACCAACAAAUCCGGACCUUUUGGUUUCGUGACCCGCUAUAUUGCGCCUGGUGGGCAUAGAAUCCCUGUCCCAACCCCUCCCCAUCCUGUUAGGCCGUCCCCAAGGCCUUACACUAAUACACCUUUUGGGACCCACUGGUACUCAGAGAAAUUAGAGUCUCACUCUCCUACAACAGAUUACACCCCUGGUUGCUGGCAUGAUGACGUGGAUUACUGCUCACAAGAUCUCUCUUCACUUUCUUCUCUUAAAUUCAAGCGGCCGUGGGGGAAGGAAACCGUCAUGGCGACUGAGACAGACUAUGAACAGACUACUGAUACUGCCACCGUCACCGAGACUACGACCGAGAAACCUGAUGUGCAUCGCGAAAAGAAAGUUACAGUCAAAGCGCCCCAACAGGUUCUUCGUGCCUGGCGAAGGCAGGAGAACGCACUUGAGCCCAAUAUCCAGGCUUCUGACUCUUCAGAUUUUACCUCUACAUCCUCCUCCGAUAGCGAGACCGAUGACGAAACGUACCAAACCAACACUUUCCAUAUCUACCUUCAACCAAGCCCUCACGCCCACGCCCCCGAUGGUCUGUUGCACAACAUUGCCGACGCCGAUGGAAUACGUGAGGGCUCCAACGAAGGUAAGGCGAGCUACAAGCUCUCAAUUGAUGGAGGCGAGCAAAUGAAGGAGGGCGAGAGUCCGGAUGGCGUGCAUCAGGAGCGGACGAAUUGGAAGAGUGAGAAGGAGGAUUUUGAGGGCAAGUGGGAGGAGUCUGAGUAUGAUGGAAUGGAGAUUGAAUCGAAUUAGGGGAUGGGUGCAUGGAGCAGAUUGGUCUGUAAGUGACUGAGCACCAUUGAUCUCGGAUUGAUAAAUUAGUCGGGGACGAGAUCGUGCACAGCGAUCGAUCACUUCCCAGUGGACGCUGGAAUGGAAACAAUCCCAGAGAAAUU